UAUACUUUAGCCACAUUAGGCAAUUCCGUAAUAUUAUUUAAGGAAAUAAUGAAGCACAUUAAUAAUGUAUUUAUUGUGAUUUAAUAAAAAGCUUAUUAUAUAUUUAGAUGGACCAACCUAUUUCUCUAAGGAUUCUAAGAAUCAUUCUAGUGAUGACACGUGGCUACAAAAAAAUGUUGCAAUGCUUCUCAAAUAAUAUAUAGGGGAUAUCCGAACUGAAUUUGAUCUGAUAAAUAAAAUGUAUUCAAACCCAACCAUAAAAAAUAAUUGAACGAGACUUUUUAUGGUAUUUUGGAUUAUGGAAUUAUCUAAAUUAAACCCAAACCCGAAUAGAUAUCCAAAAAUAUCAAAAAACCAAAUUCCAAAAAAAAAUAUUUAUACCAAAUCCGAACUUAAUCACAAAUAAAUACCCAAAAUACUAAAGAUUUCAUUGAGUACCUAAAUAAACAUCUAUGACAUGAAUAAUUAACUCAAAUACUUAUUUUAAUAAAUUUAGUUAUAUGGUGCUCUUCAUUCUUUUUUCUAUAUAGUCGAGUUUAUUGGGUUGAUGUGUUUUCACUUCGGGUUUAUCGGAUAUGAUGUGUUUGUACAUAGUUUUUGUUUCAUUAUCUUUAUUCUAUAAUUUCAUUUCUCGAAAAUUUCACUGGAACCAAAAAGAAUCGUGACAAGAGUAUUUUUUAUUUUUCAUUUCAAAAUUUUGAUUUUAAUCUUUGUUUCACUGGAUCUUUAUUUGGUUUUAGGAUUUAACUAAGUACAAAACAAUAUUUUAGAACCAAAAACCCAGUUGUGAAACACUAAAGUAUAAUAGGUUCAACCAGUUUUUGGAAAUGUUACUAUCUUAUCUAAAAACCCGAACCAAAUCCGAACCGAAAGUAGUACUAAAUCCGGAUCAAAAUAGGUUAAAUAUCUGAAUGGGUACAAAAUUUUGGUAUCAACAGAAUCGGAACAGAAAUCUAUUUGAACCGAAAUUUAUGCUAAAUUUGUUAUUCUAGAAUAAACUAAAGUUCUAAAUAUGAUUUUAUAUAUGCUCUUCCCAAAUGUUUUCUUUUUUAACACUGAAAACUUCAUUUCAAAAGGACAACAACAUAGUUUUUUUGGUUAAAAACAACGACAUAGUUUUUCCUAGAUGAAAUACAAUAAUCUACCAGUAGAUGGUAUGAAUAACUCAAAUAACCAACCAAAAUGAAAGUUGCAAGAAGAAAGCUGAGAGGUCAAAAUCAGCAGGCUGAUUUUACAUAUGCUCUUCCCAAAUGUAUUCUAUCAAACGCUAUAUUAGUUGGAAUUUCUUAAUGUAAAUAUUAUCACUCACUAAUGUAAUUAUUAUUCGAAAACGUACGCAAUUUUUUGUUGUUUUGAUUUUUUAUUACUAUUAAUAGAAGUUCUUGCAGAAAAAAGAAUAGAUUGUUUUCACCAAAAUAAAAAUAAAACUUAAAUAAAUAUUUUGAUAGUUAAUAAUUAUUAAUAUGUGUAAAAUAAUUGUGGCUAUAUAUGCGGGCAAAAUAUAUAAUAUAAAUUAUUUUUCAGAAAAUUUAGAAAAUCAUAUAAAUGAAGUUUUUAUCUAGAACUCGUGAUAUAACUUGAAACCUAGCCUAUGAUCUAACUUAGGAACAUGGAUAUUUGAAAUAAUUAAAAUAAGAAUUUUAUCAAUUGGAUAUUUGAAAAGUUAUAAUAUCUUAUCCCUAAUAAUAUAUUUUAGUCAAAUUUUUAAAAAUAAUGUAAUUUUUUAAGAAAUUUUCUCAUAUACAAUAUUGUAGAUUUGUAAUUAUUAUAAAAUAAUAUUCGCCAUGGAAUAUAUAACUAAAAUAAAAUUGAAGGAAAUAUAAUGCCGUUAUUUCAUGAACAUAUGUAUAAAAAUAUUGCAAACGGAAUAUAAUUUAUCCUCACCAAAACUGCAAAACUAUAAAAUACAUGAUAGUAGUUAAGAAAAGAUGAAAUUUAAGUCGACCGAAACAUAUCAUCGCUAUUCAGUUAUCAAGUAUUAAAUUAGGAAUUUGAUUAUUUUCUCACAAAAAAAAAUUAGAAGUUUUAUUGUAUUUCAUUAAUAGCGCAUUUGCCACGAAAGUAGCGUAGCUCUUAUUGGGUGUGACUAAUUAGGAAAUUAUAUGAGUUGGCGCUUGUAUUGGGUGUAAUGAAAAUAUAUUUCCGAUCCAACUACUUGCGGUUUGUCAGCGUGUACCCACAUGGAUUCAUUCAUUAUUUAAAGUCUCGUGUACCGCACGAUAUAAAAUACAUGAAGAAAUUCGUCGAUGUGAACUUCCCAUGGGUCGAUAAAUACCCAUGCAAUUUCCCAAUAUGGAUCAAUCAUUACAUUAUUCCCAGGUCAGUUCUCUCAACAUGUCUCUCUCCCUCUAUCCCAUAUUACUGUUUUGUAUAUGAUUUUGCUACAUUCAUAACUACAGGUUGUAAUAUUCGUAAGAUUGAUCAAGCGCAAGCAAAAGCGAUGGCCCAAAAGUUGGACGCAAAGGGUGGUGAGAAGGGAGAUGUAUGGGAUGAUGGCGUUCACGAAAAUGUUAGAAAAGUAUAUGUAGGUAAAGGCCAGUACUGUAUAGCCUUCAUCAAAUUUGAGUAUGUUGAUGAUUCUGAAGUGGUUGUUGGAGAUGAACAUGGAGAACAAACACAAGAAGUUGAGGAGUUUGAGAUUGAUGAAGAUGACUACAUCGUUUACGUAGAAGCUUUCCGUGAGAAAGUAACUCAAGAAACCAUCGUGGCUCUUAAGUUCGAGACUUACAAAGGCAAAACCAAUAUGCACAUCGAGACGAGUCCGGGAGUAAAGUUUGUUCUCCAAGGUGGGAAAAUCGUUGGGUUUCACGGGCGUUCGACGGAUGUUCUACACUCCCUUGGAGCCUAUGUUUCUUUCUCAUCCACUCUUGAUUCGCUUGGAAACUGGAUAAAGGUGGAGCAAAAUGGAGAGGGUCCAGGGCUAAGAUGCUCACAUGCCAUAGCACAGGUAGGAAACAAGAUUUACUCCUUUGGGGGCGAGUUCACACCAAAUGUGCCAAUUGAUAAAGACCUUUACGUGUUUGACCUCGAGACCAAGAGUUGGUCCAUUGCUCCAGCCACGGGAGACAUUCCACACCUCUCUUGCUUAGGCGUCCGAAUGGUGUCAGUUGGAUCAAGCCUCUAUGUCUUUGGAGGCCGAGACGCUUCCCGUAACUACAACGGUUUCUACUCUUUUGACACGAACACGAAUGAGUGGAAACUGCUAACUCCCGUGGAAGAAGGACCCGCUCCUCGUAGCUUCCACUCUAUGGCAGCCGAUGAGACCAAUGUUUAUGUUUUCGGUGGAGUGGGUGCUACGGAGCGGCUCAAGACCCUGGACGCUUACAACAUCGCUGAUCAGAAGUGGGUACAGUGUGCGACUCCAGGAGAAUCGGUUAGCAUAAGAGGAGGAGCCGGGCUCCAAGUAGUGCAAGGGAAGGUUUGGGUUGUUUAUGGGUUCAACGGAUGUGAAAUAGAUGAUGUUCACUACUACGACCCGGUUGAAGACACGUGGACACAAGUGGAAACAUUUGGUGAGAAGCCUUCCGCGAGGAGCGUUUUUGCUAGUGCGGUUGUUGGGAAACAGAUUGUGUUGUUCGGAGGUGAGAUAGCGAUGGAUCCACAAGCUCACGUGGGUCCGGGACAGUUGAUCGAUGGGACUUUUGCGUUGGAUACAGAGACGCUGAAAUGGGAGAGGUUGGAUAAGUUCGGUGGAGAGGAGGAGACAGGACUAUCAAUACAUGUUGGGAUCCCGAUCCUAGGAAAUGUAGAUGUUUCGCUCGGAAACGUUCUAAAUGAAGAAGAGAAGGAGACUCCGGAUGUUAGAGGAUGGUCAGCUUCCACGAGUGGGAUAAUUGAUGGUAAGAAAGGGCUGCUGAUGCAUGGUGGUAAAGCUGUCACCAAUGACCGUUUUGAUGAUCUCUUCUUUUACGAGUUUGACUCUGCUUAAACGCUUUGGUUUGAUCAUUACCGUUUGUGGCUGUUUGUGUUGUGUGUGUGAUUCAAUAAGGGAGGGACGUGAUACCAUAUGAUCCUUCAUCAUCCUUCUUUUUUUUUCUCUAUAUGUUUGCGUUGUGUGUGAUGCAGUAAGGAAGGGUCGUGUGAUAUACCAUACGAUCCUUCAUUAUCUUUUCUGUUUUGUUUAUGUAUGUUUCCUUUUUUUAAUGAAUUGGCUUGUUUUCCGUCACUUUUCUCCAUAAAAAUCACCUAAUUAAGAACAACGAUGGAUGUGUUGGAAACUUAGAAAGCACGUGUACAUUAUAGCGACAUCAAUCCUAAUCCUUUAUACCUACAGUUUUUCAAUAAGUCAUGAAGAGUGGUCUACACGGAUAGUUCAUAUAUAUACUACACUUUUUUCUUAAUCCUUUAAAAGCCAAUAUAUACAUACUCCAAUCUGAACAAAUCUAACUGUUUGGCCUAAUUAAAGCUUGAACUGAAUAUGACUUGUGUGGAGCCCCGCAUCACACAAUUAUAGUACUGCUCGGGAUCAUGAUCGGUUACACAAAAAAAAAAUCUGUUUUUUUAAAGAAAAAUAUGAAAUAUAUUUUAAAAAUUGGAAAGAAACAAACAACCAACAAGAAAAUAGAAUAAAAACAUCUUGGUAUUUCUAAAAUAAAUACAUACAAAAGAAACAAAAAUGUAAUGAGAAAUUGUUACAAGAAAAAUGUAUUGAAAAGAAUUUCAAGCCCUAAUUUCAAUUUUCAACUGUCACGAUGAAUCAUACAAAUCACGUAGCGCUUUAUUUCACUAUAGUCCUACAUAAAAGAGUGAUUCUAUCAAAUACCACCGCACAUAUAUAAAAAGAUAUCAACAAGGUUUUGGGACAUUAAAGUUCAUGUGUUGAAGGUUUGAAGAAAUGCGAUGUUUUUUUCGUAUAGGUGCGUACAGAAAAAAUAUAUCUCGAUGCCUGUAGAUAGAUUAUCACAAAUAAAAGAGCAUGCAUUAUAUAAACGGCUUAUUUUCAGAAUAACCAACAUAAAUUAGGUGAAUGGCAAUGAUUUUGACAUAAUGUAAUGUUAGACAUUUAAAUCCUAAAUUGUUCAGUUUUAUUCAUGCACUUAACAAGUUUCCAGUUGCAAGUGAGAGAGUAGAUGACGUCGUGCUUUUUGUAGUGUAUUUACAACAACACUAGGGGAUAACCUGCGCGUUGUGCGGAAUGAGAUUAUUAUUUUUGAUAUUUAUAAGAUGAAAAGACAUAAAGUCUGUUAAAUGUGGACAUCGGUUUAAUUGUAUGUGGAUUUUAUUGUAUUUUAUUCCGUAAAAUAUAAAAGUCUUAUUUAUUUUGGUUUGAAAAAUUCACAAAAGUGCUGGAGGUUAAGGAUGAAGAAUAUUGUAGAAGAAGUCUUAUAAAUAAAAAGUUCAAUUUUAUUAAGACGCAUAAAGAUAAAACUGAUAUUACGAUUUAAAUCUAUUGCCAUAAACUAAGUUUUUGAAAUAUAUGUAAAUCUCAUAUUCAUAACUAACACAAUCACGCAUAUUAGCAAAAUAGGAAAUCAUAUAGUAAACUUGAAAUAACCGAACUGAAACAUGGUUUAUCUUCGUUGAUUUCAAUAGACGUUCCAACUCGGAACCGGCCGGUUCGAUUCGGUAAAUCCACAAUCAGAAGUUUCAACUUGGAACUAAUAACAGUUGCAUAUGAAUAUAACUUUUUUUUUGGUUUUUACGUGCCUCUCUUAGCCAUUCAUCUACAACAAACUGCACAACACAAGAAAAGAAAAAGAGACUCUUCUAGUUUAGCUUGAAAGUUGUGUGUUUAUCCUAUAGAUUAUGUACCAAUUAUCAUCUGUUGCAGAAUCUCCAUGAUCUCAUAAGACUUCGACCCUAUUUGUCUUCGCAUGCACCGCCUCCAUUAAUUUGUACGUGAUAAUAAAGAAUAAAUAGUAUGCUUAAAAGAACAUAUGGUAGGUCAGAGUGUGCUAACCAGCCAUGCAAACGUAAAAUUAUUAUCAUUGGCAAUAUAAAAAUUUUAUCAUUUGUGUUCGUGAGCUUGACGAAAGAAAGGGGAGAAGAGUCCGUGAGCUGCAGUAGUUUCUAAUAACGAUAAUUUUAAGCUUGACGAAACAAUGGGAGAGGAGUUCUCUUUUUGACAGUAAUAAUCAACAGGUAUGCACAAAGAUGCAAAAGAAUUCGCCUCAUAAAGCCGAUCUAAUGAAUAGAAACUUACAUGUUCUCUUCUCCUCUUCAAGACUUCAACAAUGGAGUAACGGAUGCGUUGGAUUUCUCACAGGUUCGAUCGAGAAACACAGUUCUUUUCAUCUCAGUUUGCGUGACGCUUGUCCACGACUAAAGUCCCCAUCUCAAGAACCUCGCCGAGAAUAACCAAGAUGAAUCGUCGUCGUAUAGGCCAUGCGAAGAAGGAAGAGGAGACUUCUAUGUUCAGUAGACUAACAGAUGUAUUGGAUUUCUCUAUUUUGUCUUAAAACACAAUUCUUUUCAUUUCAGUUUGCAAUUUAUAAUCCUUUUUGUCUAUAAAAAUUGUCAUCUCUUGAUGUCUGAUGAGAUAUGUUGAAACCUCGAAGGUGUGAAGAAGAUUACAAACUUUUUAGAAAGUGUUUCAAUCCUCAUGCUAGUUUAUAAUCAAAAGCUCGUUACGAUCACACAAAAAAAUGCCAACAUGCUCCAAAAGAUGAAAAAUAAGGAAACAAAUAUGUGAGAGUGUCUCUCUAAACGACACGUGUCAAUAUUGGUGUAAACGCAUUAAUUGCAAUGCUCCUCUUUUAAUAUAUAAGAGAUAUGGAAACAAAGCGCAUGUCCCAAAUUAUUUAUCACCUAACUUUUAACUGUAUGCAGUAAAAUGAGAAAAAUAAUAGAUGCUUUAAAUUAAAAAGUGUAUUUAAAGUACGUAAAAUAUGUGAACAUACCUGAAGAAUUAAAAGCCUGAAGAAUUAAAAGUUACAAAAAUUACAUUCCAUAUAACCAAAAUAGUAUAGGACUACCAUAGCAAGGAAUGUUUAAGAUUACAUGGAAGUAAGUAAUGUUUAUCCCAGCGUUUACCCAAACCUUCUAUAAACUAAAUCCAAAAAAUUAAUCACUAAACCCUAAAAUUAAAUAUAAACUCUAACCCAAAUAUCAAAAUAUGCAAACUAGUACAUAUGAAGUAUUAUCAAAAUAGAAUAGUAACAAAUGAACUAGUAUAGUAUAUAUUGUUCAAUUCUUAAAAUGUCUAUGAUUACAUGAAAUGAGUUAAUGCUUACCCUAAAUGUCAACUCAAACAGUACAUAAACUAAGCCCAAAAAAUUAAUAAGUAAACCCUAAAAGAAAAUAUAAAACCCUAACCCAAAUAUCAAAAUAUGGACAGUACAUAUAUGAAAUUAUGAAAUGACUAU